AUGGCAGAUGGGCCAUUCUGCCUCGGACAAGGCUUCCUGUCUCGCAGCAUGGCAGAUGGGCCAUUCUGCCUCGGACAAGGCUUCCUGUCUCGCAGCAUGGCAGAUGGGCCAUUCUGCCUCGGACAAGGCUUCCUGUCUCGCAGCAUGGCAGAUGAUAUACUGUAGAAACCUGUUAACUUCAUUCAUCUGAUUACAGGUUGGAGGAAGUGUUGGUCAUGGGACUGCGUUUGAUUGACGGCAUCACUCACCAGCAUUGGCAGUUGUUCAGUCCCAGGGCAGAUCUGUACCAGAUUCUCAGCUCAUCCUCUGAAGUACAAAACCUUCAACAGACAGGCCUCCUAAUCCUGGAUGACAGGGGUCUGCGGUGCUCGUGGCAGGGCCUGGCCUUACUGGACAGCAUGUUACCCACUCUGCUGCUGCUGCUGGAGGCCUACAUCACCCAGGGGCUCCACAAUAACAGUGGUUCACUACAGCUCUGAUGACAGAGAACUGGAGUCCGUGGCACGCUGACCUUCAUAAACAACCUAUUUAACUGCUGCUUUUGGUAACUGCUUGUCGUGUGUGUGUGAGAGAGAGAGUGUGUGUGUGUGUGUGUGUGUGUGUGUGUGUGUGUGUGUGUGUGUGUGUGUGUGUGUGUGUGUGUGUGUGUGUGUGUGU